AAAAAACAGAGUUCACUGUUUUUCAAGGAGUUUUCUCUUUUCAAUUCAUUCAAGCUGGCGAUCGAGAAUCAUACAUCCGUGAGAUCAAGCCCAAGAACAGAAGAAUCAUGGGGCCCGAUGAAGAAGACAACAACAGGUGGCCGCCAUGGAUGAAACCUUUGUUGAGAGAACAGUUCUUCGUUCAAUGCAAGCUUCAUCUAGAUUCCCACAAGAGUGAAUGCAAUAUGUACUGUUUAGACUGCAUGAACGGCGCUCUCUGUUCCUUUUGCCUUGCUUAUCACAAGGAUCAUCGUUACAUUCAGAUAAGGAGAUCUUCGUACCAUGAUGUAAUAAGGGUAUCUGAGAUUCAAAAGUAUUUAGACAUAUCUGGGAUUCAAACCUAUGUAAUCAACAGUGCUAAGGUUGUUUUCAUAAACGAAAGGCCGCAACCGAGGCCUGGAAAAGGUGUAAUCAACAACUGUGAAGUCUGCGAUCGUAGCCUUGUCGACUCGUUUCGGUUUUGCUCCCUCGGUUGCAAGUUUGUUGGCACAUCAAAGAAUUUACAGAAUAAAAGGCAAAUGAGAAUGGAAUCAGGCUCUGAGGAUUCAUCGUUCAGCAGCAGCCAUGGAAAGCUGAAGAAGAAGAAGAAGAACGACGAGAACAACAAAGUGCAGAGCUUUAGUCAUUUGACGACGCCUCCGAUAUCGAUUAAUCACCGGAGUGCAAAACGGAGAAAAGGGAUUCCCCAUAGAGCUCCAAUGGCACAGGUCUAAUAAUAGAAUAUUAAUCUUUGUAUAUAGAAGCAGCAGAAAAGAUAUAAAAUACAGGUGGAAAAUGAUGCAAGAAAAUUAUGAACUAGUGGAAAAAUGAAGCACAGAUCUUUUAGGACUUAAUCUUAUCAUCAAGACAAGUUUUUCUCUCUCUUUACUUGGAUUUGGUGGUGUUAUACAUGAGUGUAUUUUAGGCAAAUAGUGAUGGGAAAUGUAAAUAGAAAGAAAUAGAAGCCAUGAAUCAAUAUGGAAAAUGAAAUAGGAAAAUUUUGCUUUGUAUUUUGUAUAUAUAUAUACUAUUGUUUGAGAUUA